AUGAUCCAGCCACCACCCGGUGCACCAUCAGUUCGCUAUCAUUCCAUUCAAGGCAUUAAUCACACCGCAACCCCUUCUCCUCUUUUCUCGCUUCUCUCCGAACGCUACGAAACCCCUUAUGCUCCCAACUCUCUCCCUCAAAGCCGCCUUCGUCCUCGAAAACCCUCGAUCGCCGCCGAUCUUCACCGCAUCCCGUCGUCCAUCGCCGCCGCCAUGCUUUCCUUACCAUCCCACAUCGUGGGACACAUCCGAUUCCGGCUGCAGGAACUCACUGAUUCCAACGCUGAAGACAUAUCCCGCGAGCUCUGCGAGUUUGUAGAAGAUUACAGUGAAGGUGGCUUAUUAGCACUUAAAUGCUGCUUUGAACAAAUGAAUAUUGAUGUUGGGGAUGUUCAGAGCUUGCAGCUCAAGUGCCAUAUUUUGGCUGCUGUUUUAAGAUAUUUAAUGUCCAGGCCAAAUUUCUCUACCGUAUUUUGUGAAAGCACUCCGAACUACUGUGAUGAGAGAAGGUGCCAUUAUCAUCUUUUAGGGCAAAAUUUUUGCAUUGCUCAGCUUGAAAUAUUAUGUGCGGAUUCCGAUUCAACUCUAUCCAAUGAGAGAAUUCAGGAAAUUUUCAUGUUCCUUUAUCGUACCAAGGGCCUCUCAGAGCUUGUGGAUUCCUUUACCAAAAUCUUGUCUUUAUUACAUCUCAAAGAGAGUUCUUUGUCUGUGCUAUUUCCAAUGUUCACAGAUGAGUAUAAAGCAAACAACUCUAUAAGGAGUUUGAAUCUACUUGAUGAGUAUUUAGAAAGUGAUUUUGAUGCUAUUCUGGAGGAAAUAGAAAAAGAAAUGAGUAUGGCUGAUACUGUAAGGGAUCUGGGAUAUGGUUGUACAGUCAAUACUAAGCAUUGCACUGAAAUUUUGUCACAAUUUCUCCCUCUCAAUGAGAUAACAAUUUCUAAGUUACUCGGCACCAUUAGCCGGACACAUACUGGUCUUGAAGAUGCUCAGAACAAUCAUUUAACAUUUUGUUCAGCUCUUGAUAGCAUCUCAGCUGGUGAUUCUUCAUGGGCUAACUCUUGGAAUGCUGAUGUUCUUGUUGAGUCGAUCAAGUACCUUGCUCCUAAAACAAAUUGGAUACGUGUUAUGGAAAAUCUUGAUCAUGAGGGGUUCUUUCUUCCAGAUGAAUCAGCAUUUUCCUUUUUAAUCUCCAUAUACAAUAUUGCAUGCCAGGAUCCAUUUCCUCUUCAUGCCAUCUGUGGAUCUGUUUGGGAGAAUGUGGAAGGACAAUUAUCUUUCAUAAGAUAUGCUGUCACUGCACGGCCUGAUGUGUUCACAUUUGAACAUUCUCCAAGGAAGAUGGCAUAUUUUGAUUCGGUACACCGGUUGAAUGAAUAUGGAAACCAGGCAUGGUUUUGUAUAGAUCUUUUGGAAAUUUUAUGCCAACUCGCUGAGAGGGGGCAUGCUACUACUGUUCGAGUGAUACUUGAAUACCCGCUUGAUCAUUGCCCUGAAGUUUUACUUGUUGGAACCUCACAAAUCAGCACUGCGUAUAAUCUUCUCCAGUAUGAAGUGUCUUCCAUGGUGUUUCCAAUAAUUCUAAAAGAUUCUGCAAAAAACAAUACCAUUUACCAUUUGUGGAGAGUUAAUCCUAAUCUUGUCUUGCGGGGAUUCAUGGACGAGUGUACUGCUGACCUAAACAGCCUUUUGAGGGUUGUGGACAUCUGUCAAGAACUCAAGAUGUUGUCUUCGGUUUUGGAAGCUGCACCAUUUCUGUUCAGCAUUAAAAUGGCUGCUGUUGCAUCUCAGAAGGACUACCUAAAUCUUGAGAAAUGGUUGGAUGAUAAUAUGAGUAUGCAUAAAGAUGGAUUUUUUGAGGCUUGCCUUGGAUUCUUAAAGGCUGUGAUCUGUGAUGCAGCGAAUGAUGGCCCUGACAGUUCUUUUCAUUCUUCUGCUGCUACUGUUGUGAAUAAUUUUCGGGAGACAUGCUCUAUUUUUCUAAAGGUUCUUCAAGUUCAUUGUGGGCAAAUUACAUCUUCUGAGCUUACUGAAGAAGUGAAGAAGUUGCAGGAUGCAUUUAAUCCUAGAACCCAAAGUUCAGUAUCCACUGAUUCUGCAAAACCCGAGGGGAGUUCCGAUGAUAUUGAAGCAGUGGCAAAUUCUUAUUUGCAUCAAAUGUUUUUUGGAGAGUUGAGCAUAGAUGCCAUGAUCCAAAUGCUUGCACGUUUUAAAGAAUCUCCUGAGAAGAGGGAACAGUCAAUCUUUGAGUGCAUAGUUGCAAAUCUGUUUGAAGAGUACUUGUUCUUCCCCAAAUACCCUGACAAACAGCUCAAGCUAGCUGCUGUUCUCUUUGGUUCCCUUAUAAAGCAUCAACUUGUGACUCAUCUUGCCCUUGGUAUUGCUCUACGGGGAGUCCUGGAUGCACUUCGUAAAUCUGUAGAUUCCAAAAUGUUUAUUUUUGGUACGAAGGCACUGGAGCAGUUCAUGGAUCGUUUGGUAGAAUGGCCACAAUAUUGCAAUCAUAUUUUGCAGAUAUCUCAUUUGCGUGGAACACAUGCUGACUUAGUUGCAGUCAUUGAGAGGGCCCUUGCACGAAUUUCUUCGAGUCAGUCAGAGUCAACUGGGUCCAACACUCCUCCUCCUGAUCAGCAACAGGUUUCCUUGGCCUCUUCUGGGGAAAAUAUGGAGGUGUCUGAGUCCUCAUGGCAGUUGAUAGGUUCAGGCUCAGCACAGCCUGGGCAGCAAUUUCCCUCUUUCCCAAUUCCAGCAGAGGAAUCUUGA